UUUGGAAACCGUUAAAGAUGAAGAUUGGGACCUUUUGAUUUGGAUUUCUUCUCAGAUGUCCUGGGAGAUUUAUGCAUAUUUAUUUGUUGUGAUAUGGAAUACCAUAGGAUUCGGAGAUGAUAGAACAAGAGAUUUCAAGGAAGAAACAACUAGGAUCAUUAGUUUGAUUCGAAAAUUAUCUAAAAACAUGUGCAUUGAUCAAAAUAAAACCAAAAAACUUAUUAGACUUUUUGAAGAUUAUAAAUACUACCGUCUUGAUGGAUCCAUGUAUAUUAUAAGAAGAAAAGAUCUCGUAGAACUCGUUAUGGGACGUCUCGAAUCACAUGGGUUAAAGCAUACAUUACAAUUUUCUCAACAACUACGAAGAUUAUCAAUGAAGCAAAAGGAAAAACUUAGAACUGUUAUUUUAGAGCGAAUGGAAGCAUUAGUUGAUAUAGCUCGACCUGAUGACAAAUUGAUUUCAGAAAAAGAUGACGCCAGUAAAUACAAGAAUAAAAAAAAAAAUGCUCUCCUUGAGCAAAUUACUGAAUUGCAGAAAGAGAAUUCAAAAUAUCAGGCAGCAUAUGGAAAUUUGAUCAAUCUCGGUUUUAGUGAUGAAGAUCCAAAUAACAUUGCUAAUUUUCAUAAAGAUAUUAAUGGUUUACAGGAUUUACUCGAUGAUUUUACACUUAUUUCUGGUCCUGAAAAUAUAGUUGAUGUUAUAAAGUGCAAUGAACUUUUAUUACAUUAUAAAUGUAAUGUUGAAGUUAAAAGUGAACAUGGAAUACAAGUUCUAUCUGCAGCGCUCCAACGAUUGACGAUUGAAAUGACUAUUACCGAAAUAAACAAUUAUUUUAAUGCAAAUGGUUCUACCGUUGAAGUUAAACUAAUGACUUUGACAAAAGAAAUAGUAGAUACAACAAAUUCGUUCGCAAAGGAAUAUGCAGGAACAAAUGAGAUUGCCAAUGCUAUUCCGAUUAAAAUUCGCCAACAAGUUCAUGCUAUGCUUGGAUGUUAUGCGUUCUCAAAAGAUAACCAUUCGUUACUUGUGAAAAUUUCUGAAUUAGUUCUUACGGAGUUGAAUCAAUAUCGAAAAGUUACUGAUGAUGGUAAUGAAAUUAUACCAAUAAUUCGUAAGAUUAUUCAAUUAUUUAUUUACCGACUUCAAACACAUUCGACUAUUCCAACAUAUAAAUUUUACAAUAAUGGAGAUAAAAUCAACUAUAUUUUCAGGACCAGAAAUAAGU